AUUUGAAACAAGCCCAUUGACUGAAAUAUAAACUUCCAAAGAAUAUGGUGUGCAUUUGAAAGAAGUAACAGAAGGUAAUAAAUAAAUACAGAAAGAGGAAAUGAGUUAUUAGAAAAUAUUAUAAAAUAAUAAAUGAAAAUAUGAAAAAUGUAAGUUACCAAAUACGAGACAAAUUAUUUUAGGGCAGUAAUGCACUGCAUCUUCGUAACAUCCUCAGUGAGACUAGACAAAAUAGAACCUUGUUCGUAUCUAGGGUUUUUAAAUUUACAUCUGUAACAUCGUGUUCCGAAUUUCGCGAAUUUUCAUUGCCAUGGUACGUUGUAGAUGGCUAUGGGACCACGUCACUUAUAUUUUCUUUAGUUAUUCGGGAUGACAGGCAGAGGCGGAGAGAGCAGAGGAAGAGGAGGAGGAGGAGGUGGAGGUGGAGGUGGGAGGGGGGGCAGCAGAGGGCGGGGGAGAGGUACUGGACGUGGUGGUGCCACUGACAAAGAAGUUGUAGCCCUGAAGAAAAAUCUCCAGAAAUCAAUCCAGAGCGCAGAGGCAGCGCUGAAAAAACUUGAGGUGACUGAGAACAAGAAAAAGAAUAAACCACAUGGAGGAGAGAAGGAUACGCGAAAAAGUACGUCAAUGGUUAACUUAGCCAGUUCCAGAGAACACCCAUACCCCAGAGCAAGAGGCAAAAGUCCCUCUCCUGGAGGUGGUUGUAAUAAAAGCAGUGCUCAUGGUAAUCAGCAGUAUCAACAACCAAACUAUUAUCCAUUUCCUCCUCAGAUGAACCACACUACACAUCAGCAGCCUCGUCCUGUCUUUGCCCAGCACUCUCAUCAGCCUCAUCCCAGUCCUUUUCAAGGUGGGCAUUCCUUUGCCCCACAAGAAAUUCCACCUUACGGAGGUAUAUCUGACACAAGGCCAUUUAAUGUACAGGGAAACAGACCUCAGGUACAACACCCCCUAUAUUACCCUGAUAGGCCACCUCCACCAUCUUAUGAAGAAUCUGUUGGAGUUCUGGAAUCUCGUGCUAUUCCUACUUUGGAAAGCAUAAAAGUAGAAAAACCAAACACAGACCAAGCACCAGAUACAAAGAGACCUGCCCAGAAGGAUUUGAAAGUAGACGCACUAGUAAAAACCCUUGCUAUAUUUCGAGGACAUUACGAGAAAGCUGAAACAAUUGGACGCCAUGUUGACAAACAUCCAGACGAGGUUAUGAGAUGCGCCCGUUCAAGGAAAGAUUUAUUUGCUGUAAUGGGUAAAGGAAAAGAUGCCAUGAUUGAGCUUGUCCCCAAGGUCUCUUUAUGCGCUGAUUAUUUCACAGAGAACGGUUGUAAUACCAAGGACACUUGUGAAAAACUCCACAUAUGCAAAACAUAUGUUACAGAAUAUUGCAAUUCAGGAUCAAACUGUGAAUAUGGACAUCGGUGGGACACCAACCACAACAGUAAAAUUCUCUCUAAAUUCUAUUUGGACUUGAUUCAGAGAAACACAUUGCACCAAGUUAUGAAGAAAUUGUUUAAGGUCAACUCUAAACUCAAGGUGUGUGCAAACUACAACAACGACCAAGGAUGCAAAUAUGACCCUUGUAGAUGGUUGCAUAUUUGUAAGCCUUAUGUUUUAGGUUCUGGAAAGUGUACUGUGAAAGGCUGCUCUCUUAAUCAUAAUAUCAUUGACAAACAGUGCAGCUCACUCUUGAAGGCAUCUGGAGUGUCACUAAAUGAAAGUCCUCGUGAUAUUCUGUUACUUUUAUUAUCGUCAAUGGAUGCGUCUGUCGGAAAGGAUUCCAAUGAAAAAGACAUGCCCAAGAAGAAGACGAAGGACGAGAAAGCUGCCAGUGGACCAGAUAGCUUACCAGAUGAUGACAGUGAUACUGAUCAUUCAGAAAAUUCUGAAGAUGAGACUAUAGAAGGUGAACCAUCGAAAUCCAAGAAAAAAACUAAGCAAAGAAAAAAAUCAAAGACAGUAAAAUCUACUGAUUUGAUGGGCGAAGUUGUAAUUCCUGAAAUAUGUGUUUUUUCAGUAGAUAAUAAAUGCAUAAAUGAGAAAAAGGGAUGCAAAUAUCUUCAUUCUAAAAGUCUUUUCCAUUGGCAAGUUGAAAAGGAUAAUAAAUGGUACAAUUUUCGUAUUUUUCAGUCUAAGAAAUUAGAAAGUGCUUAUCGGGAUGUAAAUCAGGCGUCCACUGAAGUGCCAGCCCUCGAGAAGAGUAAAGUAGAAGACCACGCUAAAGAAUUGCUGAAUGUGUUGGGAAAUAAUUCCUGGAAAGCAGAUUUCCAAACUAUGACAAUAACCAAAAGUGACUCAACUCUGAAAAUUCGGCGCUUAUCAACACAAUCGGCUGCCCUAUUCCAGCAUCCUAAAGCCACAGUGUUUGAAUGGUAUUGUCAAGAUGACCAAGGCAAAUGGAUUCCGUUUGGGAAGGCAAACUUAUUUGGAAACAUCUCUAGUGAGGAAGUGGAGAAGCUUUAUUUGUCUGAUCCGUCAUCGAGUAUGUUGAUAUGCAUUGCUGAAAGUAAGUUCAAACUUGAAUUUUCUAGAAUGGUACAAGUGAACUUGGCGACACGUGGAGAAAAGGAAAUUAGACGAAGGCCAGCUGGGCUCAUGUAUCAGAGGAAACCUGCUGAUGCUGAUGAUCAAUCAUCAUUACCUUCUCACUGGAGUCCCAUGGCAGCUAACCAGACACACUUGCUGGUGACACUAGAUGCAGACAGUAAUGAGUACCAGGAAGUGGCAACUAGAAUACGUCUCACACUCCCCACAGCCUUUAUUGUCUCUGUAAAGAGACUUCAGAAUCCGUACUUGUGGCGCUUGUUGCAAUUCAAAAAGGAAGAACUUUCCAGGAGGUAUGAUGAGAAUCAGCUUAAUAUGCAGAAACUUUUCCAUGGUGUCAAUCCAAGUGACACAGAAGUUAUCUGUACGGAGAAUUUCGACUGGCGUCGGAGUGAUACCAGUAAUCAAGAAUUUGGCCAAGGCACUUAUUUUUUCAAUAGUGCUGCAGUUGGCCGUACACACUGCAAACCAGAUGAAUUUGGACGAAUCCACAUGUUUCUGGCUCAAGUUGUUAUUGGGAUGGUGACUGAAGGAGAUCCAUCCUAUACUCGUCCACCACCUAAUCCCAAUACUGGUUUUCUUUAUGACACUACAGUUGAUAAUAUUAUAGCACCUACAGUGUUUGUGAAAUAUGAGAAAGGAGAGUAUUAUCCAGAAUAUAUAAUUGAGUUCUACUAAAUAUUUUUCAUUACAUUGGAAUGUAUUAUCAUUUCCCUGAGAAAUUUAAUAUAAUCACCAUCAGUUUCUUUUUUUUAUCGUUUAUUACUAUGUAUAUUUUUUCUUUGUCAAACAUGUGAUGAUGGAGUUUUGAGGUCAGUAUUAUAAUUUGUUUGCUCUGCUGCUGAGUUCAGCAAUAAACAAAAAAAAAAGUUCUUGUGCAAUUAUGUUAGGUAAUGAAGUUGGCUGAGACAUUGCUUAGUAUUAUAGGACUACAUAAUCACCAUUGUGUUAGAUCUUCAACAUACACUGAGAUCGUUUUCACAUGUGAACUUGAGCAAGCUAUGGAAUUUGGUUAAUAAAAGAAUUAAUUUGUUAAUUUCACACAGUCAUUACUAACAUAGUAUAUAGAUUUUUAAAAAUGUACCAAAAUAAGUCAGCAACAGCUCUGUCGAGGUACAGUCAUGAUGGAUGCACAUGAUAUUUAGAGAUAGCACGCUAUGCAGACUCUUGGUACAACGUUUUGCACUUUGUCAGUGAGUGAUGUUUAGUUUUUUAUAGCAUUCACAGAUAAUUGUUAAUUUUUGAAAAGUGAUUGAGAUCGUUUCAGCACAAUAACAAAGGGGUGAUGCAGAUUCAGACCAGUGACAAAGAUGCAAGUUAAACAAAGGUACUUGUAUUAACAUAAUUUAGGCCAAUUUGAAUCAUUCAUCGUGGAUGAUUACCUCAUUGCCCUCUGAUCCCUCUGUUUCACUUAUCAGUGAAUUAGCAUCCACACUUUCAACGUGAAACGCUUCAGGUGAACGUUGUUGAACUAUGUACACCUAUUUAUAGCCAUUUUAUCCAAGCUUGGUAAGUACCAAGUAAUAUCCAUUAUCCACUGAAGCCUUGGUCUUAGAUAAUAGUAAUAUAUUAGGGUUUCUGCUGUAUAUUUUAAUGUAUAAUCUGUGUAAUGCAUUAUAUAGCAAGAAAUGUCACCAUACAAAAUUAGCAGAAAUGGCUAUGAAUGGAUCUAUGUGGAUUCUUGUAAGCAAUAUGAGGAUAUAGAGGAAAAUAAAUGUUGAUACUGGUGGUAUAUUUUAUUUUAAAAACAUUAUGCUCAUGAUGUAGCUUCUUUUAAAAAUAUUGUGCUAGUGAUGCAGUCUGCAAAAUCUUUUGUUAUAAAGAGUUGUUUGCACGGUUGCACCUUUGAUAUGUCAAUACCUGAUUUUCUUAGUUUAGUACUCAUCAAUUUUUUUUGUUGCUUGGCUUCUGUUUACUUCUUGCUUCUGAAAGAUGCAUGUUUAUGUAGGCCUCUUGUUUUUUAGUGAAAUUUAAUUUUUGUUUGUAAAGAAAAAAUGAGUUAUUAAAUGCCACUUUGCAAUCUGAAUUUAAUAAAUACCACUUAUUGCUAAUAUUUGGGUAUGUCCCAGAGAUAAAACUGUACUAUUUAGUAGAUACAAGUGAAAAAUGUUUAUCCUAGGCUUUUUGUAUACUGUACCUAAUAGGACAGUUUUUGAAUUGAUUGAAGCCGGGAGUGUACACAUUUUUAUGGCUUGUAAUGGUAAAUAAGUUACUUUAAUGUGGAUUUAUAGUUUUGUCAUUAACUGGAAGAGGUGCCUUACUUAGAUUUAUAUAUCUGGUGGACAUUUGUCUUUAUGUAUUUCUGUAAUCUAAGAAUUUUGAGCAGUUAAUUGUACAGUAUUGGGUUGAUAAAUUUUACCAAUACAGUACUCAAGUCCCUGAAAAUUUACUCAGUUUUUAUAGGUUUCAGUAUGAUCUGUUUUGCUUCCUUUUCAUUGUUUUUUUGGCAUCUGGAAAGUUUAAUGGAUUGUUGAUAGAUUUCUUCAUUAUCCUUAGUUCUGGAAUCCUGUAACUGUCUUAUAUAUAAAUAUUUUCUUGGGAACCUUGGAACAAUCUCCUGUAAAAUUUGUGUAUCAGUUGUCUUUUUUUCUCCGAUCUUGAGAAAUUUUGGAAGUGUGGAAAUGCAGGAGUUGUGAAAGGAAGGUAUCUCUUUACAAGGGAAAAUAUUCGAGAAUGUAAAUGAUGUUUGAGGGUAUUUGAGUUUGAUAAUUCAUUAGACCUAUAGUCCCAAAAUCCCAUGCAUCCAUCCCUAAUUGUAUUUACGUGUGUAUAUGAAUUUCAUUCAUCCCUUUUGAAAAUAUUCUAAGAGAUCAGUUUCUACAUAGCUUGAUUUAAAGUGGAAGAAAUCUUGUCAAGAAAUAUUGAAUGAAAUCUAAUGUAUUGUUAGGGACACUUUCUUAUCCCUUAAUCAUGGGAUGAUUAUGUACAUGUACAGUGUAGUAAUAAAUAAGAUUUUUUGUGCACUGCAAUGAUGCCCCAUGAUAAGUACUGUACUGUAUAAGGUGUCAAUCUACUUAUGAAAAGUAGUCAGUUGCGAUGUUUUAGGACAGCAGCAAAUAUCCUACCUGCAUCUUUUAACAAUAAGUUGCAAGUUUGUAAAGACUUACUUGCAUGGUAUAUCUUUGAAUACACUUUUUCUUUAUGUUUAUACUACUUAUACAUAUGCUGGUAGAGAAUAUAGUAUCAAAUGGGUGAACACUGAGAGUUUCAUUAUGAAAAUGGCAUUUACUUACGCUAAUAAUCCCACAGAUGUUAGAUUAAUCAGUGUUCAUCUGAAUUCUAAAAGGCAUUACUUAAGGUUCUUUGCAGCGUCCCUUUGGCCCCCAGCUGCAACCACUUUCAUUUCUUUGACUGUACCUCUGUUCAUAUUGUCUUUCUUCCAUCUAACUUUCCACCCUCUCCUGACAAUUGUUUCAUAGUGCAACUGCGAGGGUUUCCUCCUAUUACACCUUUAAAACCUUUCGACCAUCAAUUUCGCUUUCAGCGCUGAAUGACCACAUAGGUCCUAGCACUUGGCCAUAGGCCAAAAUUCUGUGUUCCAUUCCAUUCCAUCUGAAUCCUGAAAAUUCUUUAUCAGCAGUGGCUUUGGUGGUGGUGGUGAUUUGCCUUAUCAAUGUACAUUGACCAGCCCACUGAAUAAAAUUUUAGACAGAGUUAGUCCAAAUGAUUAGUUUUUGAUUAAAAUUAGGUGCAGCUGAAAAAAGAUGAGAGCAGAUGGAAGUGAGGAAUAGUUAAAAGUAAGUAAACAGUACAGAAGAGGCACACUGGUUGUAUCAUGUGAAUACUAAUGCUGGAGUUUGUCUUUGUAUAAACUCUCACCUGUCUUAAGUAUACUUGCAAAUUUUUCUUUUACAUAGGGAUUUUGAAAAGUGGAAAUUUGGCCUUGUGGUAUUUUAUACUGACUGGAUAUGCAUCAGUUUUAUAUACAGUAUAGUAGUACUGAAAUAUAAACUAGCUCUUGAUUUGCUGGCUACUAAUAGGUAGCAGGCAAAAGGGCUUGUUUGUUAUUGCAUUUUUUAGUUUUUUUUUAGCUUGAAUGAAUUUUGUAUUGCAAGUUAUAUAUAUUUAUAUUAGAUAGUUUGAGUGUAAAGAAGAGGCCUCAACAUUUGAAAACAAUUAUUUGUGUAAGAGAGGUAAGUAGCAGUGUGUGUAAGGUGUUUCAUGCACUGCUGGUGAUCUUUAUAUGCCUAUUCUUGUGGAAAUUUCCUUCUGGUAGUAUGUAUAUCAAUGAUUCUGCAGCACUGAGUGCAAGUGUGGCAGUGUGUGUCUGUGUGUUUUUUGCAGCCCACCUUUACAUGUAAACUGCCUUGAACAACCAUCGAUUCCUGGCAUUCCAAAGCCAAUAAGGCACAGAUUCAGACUCAAAAGUUAUCUCCUUCACUUACAUUCAUCUUCAAUCCUACCCUAUAUGCAUUCACUAUCACAGCUUUUUCUCCUACUGCACUUUUAUCUUACACUUUCAAUCACCCAGACACUUUCAGUCACCCAGGUAACAUUGUUUGUACCUGUCACCCCUCAGUCUCUCUCAGGCUACAACUGCUGCACAUGGCCUGAUUAUACACCUUUCUACUACAUAUGACACAUCACUGAAUAUAUCUGCAUUACUGUAGUUGAAUUAGUAGAACAUCCUCAUUUUAGAAAUUUACAAUUUGAAAAUGUAACUUUUAAGCAUGUAAACCAGAGUACAGUAUUAGGAAAUGGAUGUCCAAAUGUUGUGUUUCUAUGCAUUUUUUUUUUAUGAAAUGAAGGUCAAGGUUUAUUCAUCCUGGAAUACAGUUGGUCAAACAAUAGCAUUGAAAUAUGUUGUAGUCUUCAUCUAAUUGUUUUGCGGAAAAAUUUUAUAAAGUAAGAAAAUUUUGUCAGACUGCAACUGUUAUUUAUGGAAUUGUAUAAUUGUUUAGUUCAAUAUACGUAUCAUGUAAACCA